AUGGGCACAGAAUUUGACAUGAAAAAAUUCGGGCAUACGCCUAGUGCGCCUUGUGAUGCUGGUUCUCUAACUUCUGGCUGGUCAUCUAGCACAACAAAUGCCAGUUCCAUCCCCUCGUCACUCAUAUCCGAAAUGGACAACCUGAACAUAGACCGUAUCGAACGUUAUGCCGCGGAGGCGGGUGAUGCACGUUUUAUGAGUGAUAAAACAUUAGAGAGUCAUACUAAAUCUUUACGAGAAAAGGCUAUAUCAUCAAUGCUUAAAAGGAUCGAAUCCGCAAUGAAUGUUGACCUUUGUUACGUCUUGGAUUGUACCGGUUCUAUGUAUAGGCAUAUUGCCGCUGCCAAGGAUUGCAUCAUGCAGGUAGUAAGCUACAUGGAACGUACGAAUCCUAGUAUUAAAAUUCGUGUUGGAUUUUGCGGCUAUCGUGAUCACUGCGAUGGUGAUGACAACUUUCAGAUUUUUGACUUCACGAACUCAUACGAACAAUUCAGAAACAAUAUAUCCAAUGAGGUAUCAGCUAAAGGUGGAGGCGAUGGUCCAGAAGACGUUCUAGGAGGAAUUAACGCAGCCAUUACUCAAAUGAGCUGGCUUCAUACCACUCGCGUCAUUUUUCACAUCGGCGAUUAUCCUCCACACGGUCGUCGUUACACUAAAAUGAACGAUGAUUACCCGGAAGGUGAUCCGAACGGCUUAACUGCGGAAAGCGUUCUGGAAAAAAUGCAAUCGUCAAACAUUCUCUACUUUUUCGGGAAAAUCACAAACCACACUGAUGAGAUGCUUCGCAUAUUCCGUGAUAUAAUUGGGGAAAUUCAAGUGUUUGAUUUUGAUUCCGUGGAAUUAAUCUUCAAAUAUUUUCAGGCCACUUGUUUGACAAUCACAUCUUCCGUUUCAUUAACCGCUACUUUGGGAAAUGACGUAUACUCACUAAGACGUAAAGAGCUAGAAAUAAAUCCGGAUGAACCUGAUUGGGAUACGAUUGAUGAGCAAACGGGAACAGUUUUGCGUUACCAUCUCCCUAAAACACUUGACGACAUCAUGAACAAGGAAUAUUUUAAAAAAUCAAAUGCUAAUGUUCAAAGUCUCUCUUUUAAGCUCGCCCCACAGCCAUUCUCCGUUGGCGCGGAACGAUAUGCAUAUUUUGCUCUAGAUGUCAAACGUGAACCGGCUGAGAAAGUGGUGAUAAAAGAAUACCUUGAGAUUGGACGUAAGGCGAACUCAGUUGAACGGUACCUUGAGGCGGUGGAGGUCUCUACCAUCGCUCAUUUCCUUUCCAAACAAUUUAAUAUCGAAGCGAAACGGGUCGGUAUCAAUAAAAAGGUCAAAUUCCUUCAAGCGAAACUCUUGCGUGGAGCUUCUGGAUCUAAAAACCAGUUUUAUACCAUAGAACCUAACCUUCGCAAUGCAAAGUAUAAGCGAUUCAACGUUAAUAGUGGGAUCAUUACUGAAUUUCAUUCUACGCUUGAAGCGUUCGCCCAUUUCACCUAUGAUUACACCGGAGGAUAUUUAUUGGUUUAUGAUCUACAAGGAGCAGAAUUCUCGGAUCAGUUUUUAUUGACAGAUCCGGCUUUACAAUGUACUGAUUCCUUAAGGUUCGGGAGAACUAAUCUCGGGAGGAGAGGAAUAGAGGAAUGUUUCCUUGCAAAUCAUAAGUGUAGCAGUGUUUGCAAGAAGUUGGGUUUAGAUGUCACAAAAUCACCAAUCACGACCUAA